CGGCGCUGGUAAACUGCACUACCUGACCUCGCAUUCUUUUUUCAGAGAAUAAAUUCUGACCAUCCGACAUGAACACCUGUCCCUGUCUGCUACUGCUGCUGAUGAUGACUAGGUACAGUUUGGAGGAGAUGGAAAAGCCUUGUCCUCAACCAGUCCUAAAGAAUGGCCGAGUGAAGAUCCGUGGCAGAAUGGCCCUCUUCGAGUGUAAGAAGAAGUUCAGUCUUGUGGGGCAGGACUUUGCAGCCUGUUUGUCAAAUGGAGUGUGGAGUCAACAAGUUCCAGUCUGUGUUCGUCGUGGCUGUCCUAAUCUCGGAGCACUGCCACACCUGACGGUCACUAAGCAACACCAGGGUGGGGUCCUGUACUUCGACUGUCCUUCUGACAUGCGCAGAGAGGGUCCGCCUACGCUGAUGUGUGACGGCACCAACUGGAACGCUGCACCACCCAAAUGUCUCUAUGGAGAGAGUUGGGAAUGUGACUUCGAGGAAGUUGGCCUCUGUGGGUGGAGUCAGGAUGUAAAUGAUCAUUUUGACUGGACGUGGAUAAGUGGAGCAACACCCUCACCUAACACUGGACCAGAUGGAGAUCACACUACUGGUACAGGUCAUUACAUAUACAUGGAAUCUUCGGUGCCACAGAAACCUGGGCAAGUCACUCGUUUGAUCUCGCCGCCAUUUAGGUCCACUGAAGAUCUUUGCCUGCGAUUUUUCUACCACAUGAUGGGUUUUGGAGGAGAAAUGGGGAACCUUGACGUGUACAUCAGAACUGAAGGUGAGGGAGGUCACCAAGAUGAACAGGUGUUCCACCGGGAAGGUCACCAAGGGGCUGAGUGGAUCAGAGGAGACGCAGUGCUCGCUAAAAGGGCAACACCCUACAAGAUCGUACUUGCGGCAACACUGAAGUCUAGUUUUGCAAGUGACAUCGCAGUUGAUGACAUCCGGGUGUUCAACUGCACGGACCCCGAGUUUCAAAAUCCCACUACAGGUGGCGUUCCACGCGACAACCCCGAUAAGAGAGAAAUCCCCUUACAAACGGAGAAAUUGUCAAGGGAGGCUACCCAUCUAACCCAAGCUCAGAUGGCAGCUUAUCAUGAGCUCCUAGACAUGUAUGACCCAUCUGGGCAAGGCGAGUGGAUGCCCGGCAGCAACAACGACAUCGGCAGCGAUGAAAACGGCGACGACAACAUCAUGAGCAAUGACACUACCACUGUUAUGAAGACUGAAGACGUCGUCACCACUGAGAUGACGACUAAAGACGUCAUCAGUGCCAUCACCACUGAUAUGACGACCAAAGACGUCGUCACCACUGAUAUGACGACUAAAGACGUCGUCACCACUGAUAUGACGACUAAAGACGUCGUCACCACUGACAUGACGACUAAAGACGUCGUCACAACUGAUAUGACGACUAAAUACGACGUCACCACUGAUAUGAAGACUGAAGACGUCAUCAGCGCCAUCGCAACUGAUAUGACGACUAAAGACGACGUCACCAUUGAUAUGACGACUAAAGGCAUCGUCACCACUGAUAUGACGACUAAAGACGUCGUCAGCGUCGUCACCACUGAUAUGACGACUAAAGGCAUCGUCACCACUGAUAUGACGACUAAAGGCGUCGUCACUGCUGAUAUGACGACUAAACACGACGUCAGAGCCAAGUCAUCUCAGAAAACCGAGUCUUCCUCUAAGACUGACCUACAAGACAACAUUUUUCAGUUCCAGUUUCAGUUUCUUUAUUUCUUCAACCUCAAGGGGAGUAACGAAUAAUACGAGUUGACAAAAAUGAGUUUGCGAUAAACCAGUCACGUGAGCUCAGAAAGUAAUCAAAUUUGAAAUAAUAAAUCUCCAAAUUCAGUUUGAAAAUUCUUUGAUUGGUCACUUUUUGUUGUUUUGGAUGUUAAACAUAUGUCUUGGGAUAUUUCCCCUCCUAACCAUGAGAAAUUCUUGUCACACACAUUUUCAUCAUUAAUAAAGACAUUAUGCACCUUUCAAAUGAAAUAUUAUAAUC